GAUCGAGAGCUCACUCGGGGAAAAGAAAGAAAAAGAAAGAAGAGAGAAAAGAAGAGAAUAAGAAGAAGAAAGGGGAAAAGAGGAGAGGGGCUCUCACAUUUUUGCCAUCGACGCCUCGCGAAGCUGAUUCAACUCCGAUUCGCAAUACUCGCUUUGUGGCAGUUUCAUAACAUGGAGGGAGAGUGGGUACUAAUGGUAACAGCAAAAGUACCAAGCAACAUCUCUGUGAUCAAGUACUGGGGCAAGAGGAAUGAGGCCCUGAUCUUGGCCGUCAACGAGAGCAUCAGCAUCACUCUGGAUCUUGACCACCUGUGCGCGACCACAACGGUUGCUGUGAGCCCCAAGUUCGAGAAGGACCGCUUGUGGCUCAAUGGCAAGGAGAUGUCCCUGUCAAGUGAUAGGUACCAAAACACUUUGAGAGAGAUCCGUUCAAGAGGCGAUAAUUUUGAAGACGACGAAAAGGGCAUCAAGAUAAUGAAAGAGGACUGGAUGAGACUGCAUUUUCACAUAGCUUCCCACAACAACUUCCCUACCGGGACUGGUCUGGCUUCUUCAGCAGCUGGUUUUGCUUGUCUUGUUUUUGCCCUUGCCAAACUGAUGAAUGUGAAGGAUGACAUGAGCCAGCUAUCCACCGUAGCAAGGCUAGGUUCAGGGAGCGCGUGCCGGAGUUUACAUGGUGGAUUUGUCAAGUGGGUCUUGGGAAAGGAUGAGAAAAAGGGGAAAGACAGCUUUGCAAUUCAACUGGAGGAUGAGAAACACUGGGAGGAUCUUGUAAUUCUGAUAGCGGUGGUGAGUUCCCAGCAAAAGGAGAUAAGUAGUGCCAAGGGGGCGCCCCUAACUGUUGCAACUAGUCCGUUUUUACAUUACCGAGCAAAGGAAGUGGUACCGAAACGCAUCGUAGAAAUGGAGAGGGCCAUUCAAAGUCGCGACUUUGCAACUUUUGCAAAAUUGACCUGUGCAGACAGUAACCAGUUCCACGCGACCUGUCUGGAUACAUCCCCACCUCUGUUUUACAUGAAUGAUACAUCCCACAGGAUAAUCAACUGUGUGGAGAAAUUGAAUCGUCAUGAAGGAGUUCCUCAGGGGGCAUACACUUAUGAUGCUGGGUGUAAUGGAUUUCUCUUCGCCCGUGACAGGAAGGCAGCAGCACUUUUGCUGCAAAGGCUGCUAUAUUACUUCCCUCCAAAUCCCGACACUGACCUAAGCAGCUACAUUCUUGGGGACAAGUCCAUCCUGAAAGAUGCGGGCUUGGAGAAUAUAAAUGACGUUGAGAAAUUGCCAGCUCCUCCAGAAAUUCAGGACGAAGUCCCUGCACAGAGAUUCAGAGGCAAUAUCAGCUAUUUCAUCUGCACAAGGCCUGGACCAGGUCCGGUUAUGGUUUCUGAUCAAGGUCAGGCUCUUUUGGAUCCUGUUACCGGGUUUCCCAAGUGAACUGGGGGAGGUUUUAUGCUUGUCCUGUCAUUGUAUUUGUUUCUACUUGUAUUUGAUUUGGUCCUAUAAGAUCAAGAUAGCUCUAUAUCUGAUGUGAUUUACAGAAACAAUUUGCUGAUGUUCCUAAUAUUAUCCGGUCUUCAGGCUGUAUAUUGACCUUGUAUUGUAUCAUAUCCACAUAAAUCAUCAACUUCAACAAGUUUGGUAGCAUGA